UAUAUCGUCUCCUGUGGGUCCGUCUGUCUGGUAAACAUGAGAAGGCGACGCUCCUCCGUGGAUAAAGGGGAGGGAGCCACUGCGACCACUAAAGCAAAGAAGAGUCGCAGCACUGUUCGCCAACCAAAAGACCCUGCUGCAGAAGAGACGAAUCAAAGCGUAUUUAGCGUCUUUCUUCGAGAGGCAGGUGUUACCUUGAAACAAGGAGGCACAUCCAAUGAGAUCGCUGUUGACCAAGUAGUUUUCCAAAAGAGGAUAAAGAAACAACUACAGAAGAGUCCCAGGUACCCAGGGAUUGUUCAGGAAUUCACCACUGGACUGGAGUCUCAUAUUGAGGACCCUGAGCAGUUUAGGAACUGUCUUCUUCCAUGUGUCCCACGAUUGUCUGAUGGAGACUCCAGUUGUGUCGGCUCAUUCCAGGAGAGUCUGCUACGCAUGCUGUUGGGGAUUGAGAUGUUGCAGACCUUCGUCAUUAACAUUUUGCUUGAGAAACUCCCUGAAUUUAUGUGUGAUGGUGCUGGAGAUGGAGGCCUCAGUAUUCCUCACAUAAUUAUUAACCAGCUUAAAUGGCUCGACCGAGUUACGGACAGCAAGGAGUUGGCAGUAAAGCUCAUGGAGCUGGUGUCAGUAGCACCAGUGGAGGUUCAGCGUGACAUCAUCACCAGUCUGCCAGAGAUACUGGAAGACUCCCAGCACAAUGAUAUAGCCAGAGAGCUUAACUCUUUACUCCAAGAGAACACUCAGUUGACUGUCCCCAUCCUGGACGCCCUCUCCAGUCUGAACCUCAGCUCCUCAUUACUUACCGAGGUCCGUGGAGCCGUCAUGGCCACUCUCGCUGCCGUGCAGCUGGAGGACCUGCCUGUGGUGGUCAAGUUCAUCCUGCACUCUGUCUCCGCCUCUGAUGCAUUGGAGGUGGUGUGUAAUCUUCGUAAAAAGCUGGAGUUGGAGCAGUGUGUCCUCCCCUCUGUGCUGCAGGCCUCUCAGAGCCGCAUGAAGAGCAAAGGAUCAGCUGCGUCUGCUUCCACACCAGCAGCUGGCAGCAGCCAGGACAGUGUGUCAUUGACGCUGGACGGCAUCAAGUCAGCAGUGCGAUUCCAGAAAACGAUAUCUGAGGCUUGGCUCAAGGCAAUAGAGUCUGUGGAUGAAGAGGAAGAACAUAAGGUAAUAGAUCUGCUGGUGCUGCUCAUCCUCCACUCCACCAACGCCAACCAGAGCCGGCGGGGGGCGGAGAGGGUGUUAAAGGUGAAAGUGAGGACUGGACUGAUCCAGGAAGCUUUGCUCCAGAAGACCUUCAGGGACUAUGCUCAAGUGAUGCGAGGGUAUUUCCCCUCCAUUUUGGCUCUGGCUCAGAGUUUGCUGCGCUCCCCUGACCCCUGUGUGGUGCCUUUUGGAGGACACAUGUACCGACACUCAUUCACUGCUUUUGACUCUUACUGCCAACAGGAGGUGGUGGGCUCUUUAGUGACCCAUGUGUGUAGUGUGUGGGUGGGGGAGGUGGACAUGGCUCUGGAGCUGCUCUGCGGCUUGGUUACAGAAAAGCCCUCAGAAAUGGCCCUAUAUGCUGUUUUUGUCAAGGGGAUCUUGGACUAUAUGGACAACCUCACACCGCAGCAGAUCCGCAGACUCUUCCACCUUCUAAGCCGACUGGCCUUCGGGCAGCAGCAUCAGGGAUCUCACAUCCAGGAUGACAUGCACAUUGUGAUCCGUAAACAGCUCUCCAGCACUGUUCCAAAGUACAAGCGUAUUGGCAUCAUUGGUGCUGUCAUGAUUGUAGGCAGCAUGGGGGCCUCCAGACUGAAAGUGAAGGAGUCACAGAGUGGGGCGUUACCUCAGGAGGCGCUCAGACAGGUGACAGCUCUGUUGGAGCUGGUGAAGUCCAGCAGUGAAAGUUCACCUGAAGCUGCAGCUCUGUACUUCGACGAACUGGCCAACCUGAUCCUGAGCUCUACCCUGGACUCACAGGUGCAGGACUACAUCGCAAAGAGCGUCCUAGAUGACUUUCAGGAAGACUUUGUGGUGGAUCUAGGCCAAGAAAUAUCAGGUUCCUUUCACUUCACGCCCCAAGUGUUGUACAAUCUUGAUGAAGAAGACAGUCAGCAAGGCAUCGUCAUCAACCUGCUGCCUCUCAUGGCCAAAGACAUCCAGAACAGAGGAGAGCAGCAGAGUCAAACCAACAAGCCAAACAGGCGAGUGUCUCCUCUCUGUCUGUCUCCAUUUUUUCGCCUCCUGAGACUCUGUGAGGAGAAACUGCACCAUGGAGACCUCGAGGAGAUUGACGCCUUGCUCGGCUGCCCUCUGAUCCUAACGGACAUGGAUGUAGUAGAGAAAAUGGAGAGCCUGUCCAAAGCUGAGAGGGAGUUCCUCUGUACUUUGCUGUUUCACACCAUCAACUGGUUCAGAGAGGUGGUAAAUGCAUUCUGUAAACAAAAAGAAACUGAGAUGAAAAUGAAAGUGAUGACCCGUCUGCAGAACAUCACAUACCUUCAGACACUUUUGGAGAGGGCUCUGGCAGAAACACCUGGCUAUGUUCCACCUGUUGCCAACUUUGAUGGAGAAUGCACAGAUGGGGUUAUACAUAGUUCUGCUGCUUCUGCGAAUAAGGCAAAGAAAGAUGGCUCAGGUAAAAAGAGGAAGGCCCCUGGUAAGAAUUCCUCAGAGAGCAGCUCUCAGCUUGACGAGACGACUGACGCAGACAAAACUCAGCAGGAGCAACCAGAAAAGGAGAAAGAAAAAGAGAUCCGGCAAGGUGUCAGUCUGGUGUCCUACAGACAGUUUUUCAGGGAGCUGGAUAUGGAGGUGCUGAGUGUGCUGCAGUGUGGUUUGCUGUCUCGCUCGCUGCUGGACUCUGAACUCCACACCAAGGUGCGAGAGGAGGUUCUGCUGGGUCCCGCCGAGCUGGUGUUCCUGCUGGAGGAUAUGCUUCGCAAACUGGAGUUCAGUCUUACAGCUGCCCCUGCCAAGAGAAUGCCUUUCUUCAAGGGAAAGACCGAUAAGAGCGCAGGCUUCUCCCAUCUACAACAGAGGAGCUCCAAGGAUAUCGCUUCCUACUGCGUCCAGCUGCUGCCCGCCCUCUGCUCACACCUGGAAAACUGCCACAACCAUUUUCAGACACUGCUGUCUGAGAACAACGGGGUUGUGGACGGACCCGCCACAGAUGUUCUGGAGCACCAUCUGAUGUCAUCAGCCUACCAGCUUCUCCUGCAGGUCCUGAACACCGCCUUCAACUGGUCUGGAUUCAGUCAGCCAGGACAGAGGAGUUUACUGAGGAAGGCUCUUGGAGUUUUGGCUGAACGACUAAAAGAGGGAAGUAAUGAGUUGACCCUGGAGCAGCUUGUAAAACACAGCUUUGAGUACCUGGUGAACUUCCGCAGCACAAUGCCAAGUCUCAGCACAGCUCUGUGUCUCUCCCAGCUUCUGACCACUGUGUCAGAGAGAGGAGGGAACCCUGCGGCCUACAGACAGCAGACGGCUUCCCUAGCAAAACGUUUCCUGAGCCAAGAGUGGGUGACAGCCAGCGGAGAGAGGGAGCGAGGGAACAAGUUCAAUGAAGCCCUUCAUGCUCUCCUAAGCAUCUAUCUGGAGCAUGUUGAUGAUGUUUUGAAGGCGGUGGAGGAAAUAGCUGGAGAGGGAAUCCCUGAGCUCCUCAAUGCAUCAAAAGAUGAGAGCUCUUCAACCUGGCCCACUCUCAGCAGGCAAACCUUCCUGGUGUUCUACAAAGUUUUGAUGGCCGAGCUGGAAAAGGCCGUCAGGAAAAUUCCUGCUGGCAAAGUCAGUGACAGCACUGAGGUCCAGAGUGAGAAGCUGCUGACAUGGAACCUGGCAGUCAGAGAUUUUCAUAUCCUCGUCAACCUAGUUAAGGUGUUUGAUUCCAGGCCGGUGCUCAAUGUGUGUCUGAAGUAUGGUCGCCUUUUCCUGGAGUCUUUCCUGAAGUUGGGAAUGCCACUACUGGACAACAGUUUCAAAAGGCACAUGGAGGAUGUUCAAAGCUUGCUAAAAACCUUCCAGCUCAGCACCCGGCAGCUCCAUCACAUGUGCGGACAUUCUAAGAUUCAUCAGGAUACAAGCCUGACCAACCACGUGCCGGCCUUAAAGAAGAGCCUCGAGCUGUUUGUUUACAGAGUGAAGGCCAUGCUGAUGCUCAACAACUGUCAGGAGGCAUUUUGGAUUGGCAACCUGAAAAAUCGCAACCUGAAGGGUGAAGAGAUUCUUUCCCAGAGGUCACAAGGAAGUGAAGAUGAGGAGGAGGAGGAGGAAGAGGAACAAUGUUCCCCGCUGCCUCAGGACCAGUCAGAGGAUGAGGCCCAGGAGACUGACUCUAGGCAAAGUACGAAGGUCAACAGAGGAGAAGAUUUGGAUCAAGAUGACACAUCAGAUGACUCUGAAUAACAGAAAAAUAAACUGUUGGUUUGAUUUACACUUUUGGGCCAAACUCCCAUAUGGGGAUUGCAUUUUGAUGUUUAAAAUGCCAGCUGUGUCUUUUUACAUUAACACUCUUUAAAUAUAUUGAAAACUGCGACUCAAUGUGCAGUUUGCACGUAUAGGAUCAAUAAUUCAUAUUCUUACAUAUGUGGCAAUAAUACUGCGGGCCAUUGAAAAAAAAUGUAUGAGAUGCAUUUAUGUACUUCCACAGGUUGUCUUUUCUGUUGAAGGUAAAACAUGCCUAAUAAUUAGGUGUUUUCACAGUAGGUUGGGUUUUGGAAAAUGAAAGUGCUCUUUGCGUUAUUCUAUUUGUUUGCUGACAAAAUAAAAUCUGCAUUAAUGA